UAAUAACUGACGUCACCAGGAAAUUUUCGAUUUUAUAAAAAUCACAAAAAUGUAUGGAAAAAGUGGCUCUAAUCCGUUUGAAGAGGACGAUGAUGAUGCUUAUUCAUUCGGCAACAAAGGUCGUUAUACCAGGGAUAACACUGAUGCGUCAGGGGCACAAGGUGGCGCCAUGAGCCGGCGAGAACAAUUGAUGGAGCAAAAAAUGAUGUCUGAAAAUCGUCAACUCGAAAGUACUCAAAGAGCAUUAGCCAGUAUCUAUGAUUCAGAACAAGUUGGCAUCGCUACUGCUGAGGAGCUAGUUCACCAAGGUGAACAGCUAGACAAUGUAGAACGCAAAACAACAGAAAUCAAUCAAAUGACAAAAACAUCACAAAAACAUAUCAACAAUAUUCGCAGUAUUUUUGGCGGAAUAAAAAACUGGUGGUCAGGUAAAAAAGAAGAAGAGACGGCUCCUGCUGCUCGUCCUAGUAAAUUACAGGAAACUUUAGACAAUGUCACUCAAAAAUCAAAUAAUCCAGAUGAUCAUCCUGCCCUAAGACUGAGAUCUGAUGAUGAUGGUGUGGAUUCUCGGGGAUAUGGUGGCAGGGCAGGAUCUCGACAAAGUCAAGUUCAAACUGGAGGAUUUGCAGAAAGUCGCUAUACAGAUAAUCCUGCCGUUGAUAAUAAUUUAGAUAUGAUGUCAGAUGGAAUGUCUAAGCUAAAAAUGAUGGCAAUGAGCCUUGGUGAUGAAAUAGAACGACAAAACGACCAAAUCGACAGAAUACAACCAAAUAUGGAUCGUGCUGCGGGAACUAUAGAACACCAGACUUCUCAAAUGAAGAAAAUAUUGGGAAAAUAAGGAGGGUACAACUAGAAAAAUAAUUUCCAAUAAGUGUAUUUUGCAAUCUGUGCAAAGUGGAAAUUCAAAUGAGUGCCAAUGUGACUUUUAUGUUGAAUAUGGUCUCAAGAAAAAACAAAGUUUAAUGCAUUAGUUUUGAUUAUUUACAUAACAAAAUAUUGCUUGAUUAUAUUAAAUUAAUACAGAGAAAGAAAUACAUGAGCUGUAGAGUAUGUAAACCUUAGUGAUAACAACUAAAAAGAUUAUUUGCAAUAUUUUUUCUUAAUUUUUUGUCUAUGUACUUAUUGGAAUCUCUCAAUGUUUUACCCUUUUAAUUUCAAUUUUGGAAGCGCUGCGCAUUGUGCGCUCAUUAGAGAGAAUGUGGUAAGUUCAAAUAACCCUGAAUUCCCACCAAGCUAGCUAUCCCUCUAACUAUUAAUGAUGAUUUUAAGUUUUGAUCCUCAUUAAAUCUCAAUGAUCUCUAAUGGAACUUAUAAUUACAUGUAUCCAUGUAUGCUGUAUAAUGUUUUCUAACUGUAGCCUGAUUGGAUAUUGGCUAGAAUUGUUUUGUAAUUUUAAGAGGGUAGACAAUGUGUAACUCUUUGAAAGGGUUAUGUGGAAUAUAGCAGUAUUAUUGUUAUACAUGUAUUGUAUGGGUAUUGUGUAAGUGCCAAUCAAUUAAUCUGAAGCUUAGCUCCUCCCAUUAGAUAUUCUUUUACUGAAAUCCAUGGUCUUUCAACACUUCCAAGAAAUUUGAACUUUUUUUUAUUGAAAAUAACUUUACAAAGGAUAUGAAACCUUUUAAGUUUUUUAUUUCCCCAAGGAAAAUCCCUCACAGAAAAUGAUGAA